GAAUGCUUCGUGCCCGCGCUCCCCCAGUCAGUCGUAAAGAUGGCGGCCAGCGAGCGCGUCCAGAAGCUGCUCCGCCGCUACAAGCUGGCGAUCGCCGCCGCGCUGGCCAUCCUCCUGGUCCAGGGGCUGGUGGUCUGGAGUCUGAGGAGUCUGGAGGAAGGAGAGGCAGAGAGAAAAACACGGCGGUCGAAGCUGCCUGACCACAACAGCCAGGACCUCAAGAGAGACGCCUCACUUUGGGAGAAACAAAACUCUUUGUCAGGGAGGAACAGGGGCCGAUGGAGCGGCAGGUCGGAGAGGACGGGCGGCACAGCAGCCAGUGCGCUGAGGAGAGGGACCAGCCGCAAAGGAGAGAAGCCAAGCGUCCGGCUGAAGUCUCCUCAGGAGCGAGGGAUGGCGGGAGCGGGGUUGGACGGCGUGAUCCUCCAUGACCCGUCCAGCAGCCGCAACUUCAACGAGACCCGAGGCGGAGCCGACGGCGCGGCCAAGUUACUGGUCGCCGUCGUGCAGGGGGAGCCGGGCAGCGUGGACGGGGCGCACCAGAACCCCAGCAGUGACUUUGUGCCUAAAUGUGAUAUCGUAGGAAAGGACGCCUUGUCUGCCCUCCACCGCGCCGGCUCCCAGCAGUGCAGGCAGGAGAUCGCCAACAUCGUGUGUCAGCAUCAGGCCGGGAAGCUCAUGCCGGACGCACUCCCUCAGUUCUGCCCGCAGCACGGUUUAUCAAAUCAGGUCCAGGCCUUUGGCGAGCUGGACAACAGCCUGUCCAAAGUGGAGAACCCGGUCAGAGUGGCUUUCGUUCUGAUGGUCCACGGCCGAGCUGUACGGCAGCUCAAGCGCCUCAUCAAAGCCAUAUAUCACCGUGACCACUACUACUACAUCCACGUGGACAAGCGGUCCGGGUACUUGCAUCGGGAGGUCCUGCAGAUAGCCCAGCAGUACCCAAACAUACGGGCCACGCCCUGGCGGAUGGUCACCAUCUGGGGCGGUGCCAGCCUCCUGAAGGCCUACCUACGCAGCAUGCAGGACCUGCUCUCCAUGCUGGACUGGAAGUGGGACUUCUUCAUCAAUCUCAGCGCCACAGAUUUCCCCACCAGGACCAAUGAUGAACUGGUGGCGUUCCUGUCGCAGCAAAGGGACAAAAACUUCCUCAAGUCCCACGGGAGAGAAAAUGCCCGGUUCAUUAAGAAGCAGGGCCUCGACCGUCUCUUCCACGAGUGUGACAACCACAUGUGGCGCCUCGGCGAGCGCAGCAUCCCAGAAGGUCUGGAGGUCUCGGGAGGCUCCGAUUGGUUUGCGCUCACCCGCCGCUUCGUGGAAUACGUGAUGAACUCCCAGGACGAGCUGGUGUCGGGGCUGAAGCAGUUCUAUACCUACGCUCUGCUCCCCGCCGAGUCCUUCUUCCACACGGUGCUCGGGAACAGUCACAUGUGUGACACCCUGGUGGACAACAACCUGCGUGUCACCAACUGGAACCGUAAGCUGGGCUGUAAAUGUCAGUACAAGCACAUUGUGGACUGGUGUGGCUGCUCUCCCAACGAUUUCAAACCGCAAGACCUGAUCCGGAUCCAGCAAUUGACCCGUCCGACAUUCUUUGCGCGCAAGUUUGAGUCGACCGUGAACCAGGAGGCCAUAGACAUCCUGGACACUCACCUGUACGGCCAGUACGCUCCGGGAACUGUUGCCAUUAAGGCGUACUGGGAGAGCCUGUUUGAGCAGCUGGAUGGCGUGGGCUCGCUCAGUGACGCGGCUCUGACCGCUCACUCUGCGUUCUUUCGUCUCAGCCUAAAGAAUCUGGCGACUCCAAAGAGCAACGUGGAGGCCUGCAGGUUAGAACCAGUAGGCUACCCUCUAUCGGUACAAGUGUACUUUUAUGACGACCGUUUCCAAGGAUAUCUGGUGCAGCAGGAAGUCCAGGCUGUGGGUUCAAAGGUCAAGGAGACACUGGAGAUGUGGGCGAUGCCCCAAGCCACGUUUGUCCUCGAGAAAAACCUUAAGGAGUUUGAAAGGCUCAAGAACCUGGAGAUCGGCACAGACUGGGAUCCUAAAGAAAGGAUCUUUCGUAACUUUGGCGGCGUGAUCGGCCCUCUGAAUGAACCACUGGCGGUCCAGAAGUGGGCACGUGGUCCCAACCUCACGGCCACUAUCGUAUGGAUCGACCCAGCUCUGGUGGUGGCAGCAUCCUAUGACAUUACCGUGGACGUGGAUGCAGAGUACACCCAGUACAAACCCCCGCUGCAGCGCCCCCUACGGCCCGGCACCUGGACGGUACGGGUGUUAAAGCAGUGGGAGCGCGUGGCGGAAGUCCGCUUCCUUGUCAUGCCCUUAACCUUCAAAGAUAAGGAGCCACUACGCAAAGAAGGGGACAUCUGGCUCCAUGCAGGUCCUCCAGGAAACCUGUACCUGGAGCAGAGCUACCAGCAGCUGGGCCCCGUGCUGAAGCUGCCCCCCCAGGAGUCGGCCAUGCAGGAGGCCCAGCGUAAAGCCCAGCUGGUGGGUCCGCCCCUCGAAGCGUGGGUGGACAGCAGCAUAGGGACCUUCUGGGUUACAGGAGGUCUGUGCGCCACAGAGUCUUCCUCUUGUCCAGCGGUGGGACCUUGCUCCAAGACCUCCUGGAGCUCCCUGUCCCCGGACCCCAAGUCUGAACUGGGCCCGGUCAAAAGUGACGGGCGGAUCAGGUAGCCCCCAAGAGAGGAGAGGCUGUAGACGUCAACACAUGCACAGGAAGUAUGAGGGAGAGCUGGACCUGCACUGGAGGGCUCCAAGAGAACCUGUGUGAACCGGAUCUCGUCUCAGAGCUCAAGGGCACAUAAACAACCAGAUCUUCCUGCACUGAGGAGUCGAGACAUUCUCAGUGAGGUGGUGAUACGGACUUAAAAGGAGGAGGAUGUGACUGCUGGGAAUUUGCACAUAGACUUGUCAUUGUUUGCUGAAUGGUAACAAUGGUGUAUUGUUUUUAUUUUUCCUGGCACACGGGUUGCCAGUCAGGGUCAGAGUUUGGGGAAAAAGACAACAACCUCUGUGCAUGUUUGAACUCCGUUUUCCGCUGCGAAAGAAUCGGGAGGCAGUCGUCAAAACUCGACUACAGGAGAGUGGAACCUCUGCAUCAUAUUGUUGUGCUUAUUUUAAAGCAUUGUUGUUGUUAUGAACGCAUAAGGAGCAGACGGAUGAAGUGCACUUUACUGUAAGACUAUGGUGUUAAACAGAGGUCACUUGGUUACAGAGUGAGGAGCAGUUUGAGAGUCAUAGAUGAGGUCACAUCCCUUUUUAUUUUACACUCUAAACCUGCACAGACACAUCACUAAAUACCUGGUACCUGUUUUAGGAAAAAGAGUAUAGAGAGAGAGUAUUUCAAUUUUAGUUCUGUUUACUGUGACAUAUCAUAGAACAUGUUUAUUUUUAUGUAUAUUUGUGUCAUCUGUUAGUUCUCUGAACUGGCAGUAAAGUGUUAAGUCCUCUUUGAUGUCCAUUGUAGCAAGAAACAAAAAGACACUCCGUUUUCAGAGGAAUCUCCUGGACAGCUGCAACAUCAAGGCAGCAGAUAGCCGGUUACAAAAGAGCAAUUCCCUUGAAAUACACGAUAAAACAAUCUCAACUCAAAACAUCCAGAUAUAGUUAUAUGACAACAAACUCCACCUGCUGAUGAAGGCCGUGAAUAGUCUGAAAAUCUUAAGUUGAGAUUGUUUUGGCAGCUGUCCAGGUGAAAUCCUCUGAAAUGAACUUUUGAGCUUUUUGGUUCCAGAAUUCUUUUGUUUUAAAAGCACAAGAUAAAACUUUAAAGCAAUAGUUUUGUUUGCUUUCUUGUCCAGAGUCAAAUGAGAAGAUUGAUACUCCUCUUAUGUUUUGUAAAUACGAGCCAGCAGCUGGGUAACGUAGCUUAGCAUAAAGACUGGAAACAGCUAGCCUGGUUUCCAAAGGCAACUAAACCAGCAGCUAAAGUAUCUAAAGCUCUGUUGUUUUUUUAAAUGUGUAAAAACAUCAAACUGCUGUUUUCCAGAUGAUGUUGACAAUUUCUCGGCUUGGACUAAAUACGUCCAAGAAAGAAUGCUCCGACCCACAACCGAUAGAUUUGUUGUUUUAAUACUUCUUUCUUCGUACGGAUUAAACGGGGACAUACAUAAGGCGUCUGUUAGUUUGGUUUAUUUUGCUCAGAGUCAGGCUAACUGUUUCCAAUCAUUGUUAAUCAAUGCUAUUAACCGUACAAACGUGAAAGUCGUAUCAAUCUUCACAUCCACGUUAACUCAACACUGCGUGUGCCCCGUUUGCCUCGCAGGCCGGUUGAUCUCAUUUCAUUUCCCAUGGUGCAUUUCAAUUCAACUCAAGUCCACCAAUCAAGAUGUUUUACAGUUCUCUGUACGUUUGUGUUUUUAUUUCACUGUGAUCAGGAGAAUCUAAGCUGCCUUCACUUGUGAGAAGAUGAAUUGUUUACUACGGGACAGUAGCUUCCAGAGACGUGCAAUGAAUGCCUUUUCAGAGGAUAGUGAGCCCCCCUGUCUGUGUCUUAUUUAGAUUUUUAAAACCUAAUUUUUAAUGUUCUUAAAUAAUAUAGUUGGCCACCGUAUGAGUUUUCAAGUGACCUUGUGUACCUUGCACAGUACAGUUGCUUCAGUGAAGCCCCAGUUUUAUCGCUACAAGAAAGAAAGUAAAUGGCGGCUCAGAUGUUAUUUUUCUACACUGUUUGAGAGGAGGUGUGUGUGUGUGUGUGUGUCCGUUCAUCUCCAGAGCUCUGUUGAACUAUUAAUAACUGCUGUCUAAUAAUGUUGUAUUUGACAGUCCCACCUACCAAUGCGUGUUUUUUGGGGGUCCGGGUCUCUUGAGGUCCGGGUCUGCUGUGAUGACCAGCAGCGGUCUGUUUUGAUGAGUCAUGCUGAGCUCUGUGGCUCUAAUGUGACACGGCGACUUCAGCCGGUCACCAUCUGCCUCUGGGGAAGCUCCAAGGCAUCCUGACUGAUGACUCAAUAAAAAACACUU